AGCUGCUGAAACAGAAGUCUGUCUCAGGACACACAAAGUUUGUACUGGUGGUUAAGAGAACUUUUCUGCUUACAACUUAUCAGAAUAAUUUUUACUUGUUCGUCCUGUUAUUGUUUUUUUAUUGAACUCUGGGUUUCAUUAGGCCACAGUGUGAGUGUGGAAUGUCUGAACUGGUUCGAAUUCGUAAGAAACGACUGCAGAUCCCCAUCUCUAGACUGAGGAGCAUUUUGAAGCAGCUGGAGGAAAAAGAUGUAGACUUUGAAGAAAUAAAAAAAAAUCUGGAUUUCACUGCGUCGUUACUGGAAGCAGUUUACCACGAUGGAUCAAGGCAGUGUCUGGAGUCUGAAGAUGACCUCCAGCAGCUCCAGUCAGACGGCGUGCCUACAGAGGUCACUGAUUGGCUGGCGUCCACCUUCACCCAGAGGGUUCGACGGCCUGUACGCCGAUCAGAUGAGAAGCCAAAGUUUCGCAGCAUUGUACAUGCAGUGCAGGCUGGGAUAUUUGUGGAGAGAAUGUUCAAGAGGGCCUACACUGCAGCCAUGCCAGACCAACCUGCUGCGGCCGUAAACUGCCUCAGGGAUGUUGACCGCUGGAACUUUGACGUGUUUGCUCUGAACUCAGCCAGCUCUGAUCACGCUCUGCAGACUCUGUUCUUUGAGCUGAUCACCAGAUAUGGUCUCAACAGCCGUUUUAAGAUACCAAUCUCAUGCCUCACAGGGUUCCUGUCUGCCCUGGAGAGAGGAUAUUGCAAACACAACAACCCCUACCACAGCCACAUUCAUGCUGCUGACGUCACUCAGACGCUGCACUGCCUGCUGCUGCGUUCUGGACUUGUGCACUGGCUGACAGAGCUUGAGGUGAUGGCUUCACUAUUUGCUGCAGCCAUUCACGACUAUGAACACACGGGAACCACAAACAACUUUCACAUCCACACAAAGUCAGAGUUUGCAUUGAUCUACAAUGAUCGGUCGGUACAGGAAAGCCAUCAUCUGAGUGCAGCGUUUCGCCUGCUGCAGGACGACCAAAUGAACAUCUUCACUAAUUUGACAAGGGAGGAAUGGAUGGAGCUGCGAUCACUUGUUAUUGAGAUGGUGUUGGCCACGGACAUGUCCUCCCACCUGCUCCAAGUCAAAGGGAUAAAAUCCUGUCUGCAGCAACAAGAACGGAUUGACAAGCCCAAAGCACUUUCUCUGUUGCUGCACACGGCCGACAUCAGCCAUCCAUCCAAGCCCUGGGUGCUGCACUCUCGAUGGACCAAAUCCCUGAUGGAGGAGUUCUUCAGGCAGGGUGAUAGAGAGGCAGAGCUCGGCCUGCCCUUCUCUCCUCUGUGCGAUCGAAAAAGUACCCUUGUAGCCGAGUCUCAGAUUGGUUUCAUUGACUUCAUAGUGUAUCCUACAUUCUCUCUACUGACGGACAUGGCUGAAAAGAUUGUUAUUCCUUUGGUAGAGGAGAACCCAGGCCCACCAGACCCCUGCAACAGACACAGUAAUCUUUGGAAGGAGAGCUCCAGGGGUCUGCAGUGGAGUCUCGCUCACAUCACAGCUGAGCUGGUGAGCUUCCGCUCCACCUGGACACGACACACCGAAGACAACAAGCUAAAAUGGAAGGAAAGUGGCUCCAAUGGAUUUGCAGACCCUAGUGUGACAAAAGAGCAGAGAUCCAGACAAGAGGAGCUGUCAGAAAAAUCCCUGCAACACCCCAAUACGGAUUCAGAACAGUAGACAGGAAUUUGUUUGUGAUAACUGCUUUAUCAUAGAAUAAGUACAAAGGUUAAGUGAGGUUAAUGCUGAGUCACUGUUUGUUACAAAACCACAAAGCCUUCUUAUAUCAUGGUUUAUGGAGCUAGAGGAGGGCUGGUUUAAGCUUAACACCAUCUUCCCAAGGUAAGAUGCAAUAUAUUCAAACAAAUGUCUUAUUUCAAGUGUAGUAUACUGUGAUAAUUUAAAUGUAAAGUGUACAUGCUGGCCAUGUUAUACCGUACCAUGCAUUAUAAUAAAUUCAUUGCCACCUAUUCACUUGUAAGGAACAUUUUACCUUUACUAGUUUCAACUGUACACAAAUUCUUAAGUCAUGAUAUUAAAAAAUGAAAAUGCAAUCUCUUUAGCAAACAACAUACUCUGUGCUUAGACUCUUGCAGCAGAAACAGUAAAAUCCCCAAUAAAUAAGUGAAACAUUUAAAAAACAACCUUAGGGAAAGCGACUACAGGGUGUUUCCUCUUGCUUGACAAACAUACAAACAAUAAAUGUCGUGUGUACAGAAUAAACUACACAAUAAAGGCUGGCCUUGUUUUGGUGUGA